UCUUUUCAGUAUUAGUUCAGUUCGCAGUCAGUUCUAAUCGGAAGUAGUUUUUUUUCGGAUUUUUGAAAAUUUUGCAAUUGAAAAUGUUUGCCGCCAAACUGCUUUAUCUUCAAAUCGCUUCAAUAGCUGGCAGCGGCAUUGCUUUUGCUAGCAUCUCCCAAAACAAUACCGAUGAACUAUACUGCAAACCACAUUUGUGUCGGUCCUAUAAUGGAACAGGUUAUGUCGUUCGCGGUCAUAUUGGUUGUCAUAAUAAUGGCUCUCUGAGUCUAGCGUGUGGUAAUGCUCAAAUGGUCGAUAUGAAUCAGAGGCGAAUCAAUUUAAUCCUUGACCUGCAUAACGCAGCGCGAAAUCGAAUAGCGAUUGGCAUGUUGCCGGGUUAUAAACCGGCAUCGGCAAUGCACGUUGUUAAAUGGGAUAAAGAACUGGAGUAUUUGGCUAGUUUAAAUGUUCGAACUUGUCGUUUUGAACAUGAUAGUUGUCGAAAUACAGAUCGGUUUUCAUUCAGUGGACAGAAUAUCGGUUAUUUGUGGCAAACAAUUCCAAUUCGUGCGAUUUCAAGGCGUAUUAAAUUAAUUGUUGGUAAAUGGUUCUUUGAGUAUCCCGAUGCAGGACAAGAGUUUAUUGAGGCGUAUACAAGUCAUCCAGAGGGAAAAAUCAUUGGACAUUUCACACAAAUGGUAUCGGAUCGUGUUAAACGAGUUGGAUGUGCAGCAAUUCGUUAUACAUCAACUGAAACAAAUUUCGAAUAUAAAUUUUUAAUGACAUGUAACUAUGAUUUUUCGAAUUUAAAUCAAGGACGUGUCUAUGCAUCCGGAACACCAGCAUCGAAUUGUCCUCGACGAAAAAGUGGACGAUAUGAAGGACUUUGUGAUUGGGAUGAAGAUUAUCUAGAUAGCAGCGAGGAAAGUAAUGAAAUCUUUUUUAAUUCUUUAGAUAUUCCCUCGUUAUUGUGAUAUUAAUAAAUUUAAAUUAAAAUAUUUUCAAAAUGAA